AUGGCUUUCGCUCCUCGUGGCCGUGGUGGUCCCCCUCGUGGACGUGGUGGAUUUGGUGGUGGUGACCGUGGACGUGGCGGUGGUCGAGGCGGUGGCCGUGGUGGUUUCGGCGGUGGUGACCGUGGCCGUGGUGGCCGUGGUGGUGGCCGUGGUGCCCCUCGUGGUGGUCGCGGUGCUCCCCGUGGCCGUGGUGCUCCCCGCGGUGGCGGCGGUGCUCGCGGUGGUGCCAAGGUUAUCAUUGAGCCCCACCGUCACGCUGGUGUCUUCGUCGCUCGCGGUGGCAAGGAGGAUCUGCUCGUCACCAAGAACCUGACCCCUGGUGAGGCCGUUUACGGCGAGAAGCGUAUCUCCGUCGAGGGCCCUGCCAACGAGGAUGGUGCCGUCACCAAGGUCGAGUACCGUGUGUGGAACCCCUUCCGUUCCAAGAUGGCUGCCGGUAUCCUCGGUGGUCUCGAUGAGAUCUACAUGAAGCCCGGUGCCAAGGUUCUCUACCUCGGUGGUGCCAGCGGUACCUCCGUCUCUCACAUUGCUGAUAUCGUCGGUCCUACCGGUAACGUCUACGCCGUCGAGUUCUCUCACCGCUCUGGCCGUGAUCUGAUUGGCAUGGCCACCCACCGUACCAACGUCAUCCCCAUUGUCGAGGAUGCCCGUCACCCCUCCGCUACCCCCGACCAGGCCCGUAUUGUCGGUCUCAACGCCCACAUGUUCCUCAAGGCUGAGGGUGGUGUCAUUGUCUCCAUCAAGGCCAACUGUAUCGACUCCACGGCCAAGCCCGAGGUGGUGUUCGCCCGCGAGGUCCAGAAGAUGCGUGAGGAGAAGAUUAAGCCCAAGGAGCAGCUGACCCUUGAGCCUUUCGAGCGUGACCACUGUAUCGUCGCUGGUCUGUACAAGCGCUCCGCAUAA